AUGGGAAAGGAACGAUUGAGGUUAUUCGGGUUUGAACUGAGUUUUCAUGAAAGGCAUGAAAACUGUCUUGAUGGAUCCGAAGAAGUGAAUGAUUCAGGUAAGUCUUCCGAGAAAAUUUUGUCUAAGAUGGGGAAAACUGUUAAAGAGAAAAGUGUGACUAGGAAACUGGAGAAUAAGAGAAAGUAUGAAUGUCAGUUUUGCCUCAAGAAGUUUACAAGCUCACAGGCACUUGGAGGUCACCAAAAUGCCCAUAAGUCUGAGAGGCAAAACAAGAGAAGAAUGCAGCUCCAGCCAAAGAGCACAAACUCGAGUUUUGCGGAUCCAACUCCCCAAGAUUACAGUUUUGUGGGUCAACAUUGCUCUCUUCCAUCUUCUAAUUCUUUUUCUUCUUGUGCACCUGAGUUUACACUGUUCAAGGAGUUUCUAAAUAACUUCAAGUCGCUUGAUCAGAAUCAAAAUUUAUACUUCAACAUGGCUGGAUUCUAUCAUUCUUUUCCUUUGCCUUCUAAUGACCAUUUUGAGAAAGGUGCUUGCGGAAGGCACAUUGUCAUCAAGCCGUCUCCAUCUUAUAUUUCAAAGGAUUCUCAGAGUCUGUAUAAUCGGUUAGGACUUGCUCCACCAGCUAUCCACAGCUCCUCCAGAAAUUGUAAUGAUAAAGUUGAAAAAAGCCGUUCACCAGUUUACAAAUUAUCUGGUCUGGAUUCUGAAUUACACCUACACAUGACGGAGGUUUGCGCUUAUAACCGUUCUGAGUUUGUCAUAUGUAGAUACGCCUACAAGGGAUGGAAGUAUGUUAUGGAAUAUUAA